AUGUUUUUCCUGGAGGUUAGCGCCUACUUUCCUAAUGGCUAGCUGCGACUCUGCAAAGCUCAGCUAGUUUAACGCAGUUUGCAUGACAAUUUACAGCUAGAUCGGACUGGAAGAUUGGAAACUCACAAAGCACACUCGGCUGGGGGUGUUUUUUUUUGUCGUUUUAUCAAGUCAUGUAGCUACAACACGGCGAGUGAGGAGUAACGUUAGCAAACAUUGAGUCAGUGUUGCGUGUUGUGGACUGACACUUUCAACCAAAACAAUGUUGACAGACGACCUGUGGACACGUACCAAUAAUCAGUCCUUUCAAAGAUGGAUAAAGGUGGAGUGAAGAAGAUAACAUAUAGAAGAGAUGACCAUUUAAGCAAAUUGGUCUACACUGAAAGCCCUGAGGAGGGAGGUUUGUUGAAAGUGGCUCCUCACAGUGCCAUGUCCAUCGCCUCCGCCACCUCUGUCGUUCUUCCAUCCAGCCCGUUGAUGCAGCCAGGACAGGUGCCUAACGGCCUCAGCAACAGCCCCCUUCCAGAGGAGCUCACCUAUACCUCUGUCACUGCCACCGUAGGCACAUUGUUAGAAGACCCAGAGCCCAGGGGCCUGACCAAAGAUCAGAAGCUUCAGCAGUUGCAGACACAGAUUUCCACUACAUCUGGACGUCAAACCUUGAGAGACAAUUUGCCCCAGUUGGAGGCCAGUAUAACAGACAUUACCCAGUCCUGCAUGGAUUCCCUUAUUGGGGGGUCAGAUCCCAAUUUCUUCCACAUGAAAACAGAAGAUUUCUCCAUGGAUAAAGGAGACCAGGAUCCAAUUGACCUUGAUCAUGCUUUUGAUCACAUUGGGAAAGAUGUGGACAUGAACCAGAAAUUUUUCAGUGACAACACUCUGGACCUGCUCCAAGACUUUGAGCUCACUGGGUCCCCCUCAGAUUUUUAUGUAGGGGAUGAUGCCUUCCUGUCCACGCUGGCAGAUGAUUCUCUGCUCGGGGAUGUCAGCUCAGAUAAGGACAUAAAGACUGCUGCGGUAGAGAGCGUUAACGGCAGCGGGCCAGUCUCUCUUGCUCUCAAUGGCAGCAUUAUGACAAGUUCAGAUCAGUCCAGCCCUAGCAUAUCCACAACUGCCUCCUUAUCCCCUACAACCUCUUUGUCUGCAUUGGUGAAGAAAGAAAAAGAUGUUGGCUUCAUUCAGCUCUGCACACAAGGUGUAAUCAAACAGGAAAAGAAGUCCGUAGGCCAGAGUUAUUGCCAAAUGAGCGGCACGUCCUCCGCAGACAUGCCCAGCUCUAACCCCAUCUCCAUCUGUGGGGUCAGCACUUCAGGAGGACCGAGCUACCACUUUGGAAUCAACACCAGCAGCAAUGAAGCUCAGCAGCAGAAGGAUCAGAAGCCAGUGUUUCUCCCAGUGUCUACCAUCGGUGGGGCCUGGAGCAGAAUCCAGGCCACCGGGGACAACUCUGCAGUGAUCAGGAUCAGUGAGGCUUUCGCAAGCUCUCCCUCUUACCCCAACAGUUUUGUCAGUUCUAUCAACAGACAGGAGGUGAUCGCCGCUCCAACCACGACACAAGGGAAGAGUGGGACUCAUAAAAUCUGCCUGGUGUGCUCUGACGAGGCUUCGGGCUGCCACUAUGGGGUUCUCACCUGUGGCAGCUGCAAGGUCUUCUUCAAGAGAGCAGUGGAAGGGCAGCAUAAUUACCUGUGUGCUGGGAGGAACGACUGCAUAAUAGACAAGAUCAGGAGGAAGAACUGCCCGGCCUGCCGAUUCCGCAAGUGUCUGAUGGCAGGCAUGAACCUGGAAGCGCGCAAAACCAAGAAGUUGAACCGCUUAAAGGGCGUCCAGCCGAGCAACCCACCCGAGCUGACUACUCCGCCGCCGGUCGAGGCUCGCUCUCUUUUACCCAAGUGCAUGCCUCAACUUAUUCCCACAAUGCUGUCCUUGCUAAAGGCCAUCGAGCCGGACACCAUCUACGCCGGAUACGACAGCACCCUGCCCGACACCUCCACCCGCCUCAUGACCACCCUCAACAGGCUGGGCGGCCGGCAGGUCAUCUCUGCUGUCAAGUGGGCCAAGGCUCUGCCAGGUUUCAGGAACCUGCACCUGGACGACCAGAUGACUCUGCUGCAGUGCUCCUGGCUCUUCCUCAUGUCUUUCGGUCUGGGCUGGAGAUCUUACCAGCAAUGCAACGGCAACAUGCUCUGCUUCGCUCCAGACCUCGUCAUCAACGAGGAGCGGAUGAAGCUGCCCUACAUGGCCGACCAGUGCGAGCAGAUGCUGAAGAUCUCCAGCGAGUUUGUCCGGCUGCAGGUUUCCCACGACGAGUAUUUGUGCAUGAAGGUGCUGCUGCUGCUCAGCACAGUGCCAAAGGACGGCCUGAAGAGCCAGGCGGUGUUCGACGACAUUCGGAUGUCGUACAUUAAGGAGCUGGGGAAAGCCAUCGUGAAGCGCGAGGAGAACUCCAGCCAGAACUGGCAGCGUUUCUAUCAGCUCACCAAGCUGCUCGACUCCAUGCAUGAGAUGGUCGGUGGACUGCUCAGCUUCUGCUUCUACACCUUUGUGAAUAAAUCCCUGAGUGUGGAGUUCCCAGAGAUGCUCGCAGAGAUCAUCAGCAACCAGUUACCAAAAUUCAAGGCCGGGAGCGUCAAACCUCUCCUCUUCCACCAGAGAUGACUGUGCCCCGUAACAGACACAAUGCCUUAAAAUCCCACCACAUAACCUCACCGACCCCUACCAAACCCGCCCCCACCCCACCCUGAAGAUCGACGAUGAAAGGAUCCGAGGCGAGGAGUGAAUGAUGUUUGUGGGAACGAGUAUGCAACUUUGUGUGGUGACUCAGGCGUCUGGACGGAGAGAGCGAAGAGACUGGAGACGUUUGUGGAGAGAGCAGACAGCGAGCACACAGGUUUUUGAUUUGUUGUUGUGUAUAACAAGUAGGAAAUGUUUGUCAGAUAAAAGAUAAUCACAAAGAGAUAUAGGCUAACAUCCAUGUCGUCUCAGGUUUCUUACCUUCAAAUACAGAACGAUAUCUAAGAUAGAUAAAAACAAAUAUCUAUGUACAGGUUCUGAUAGUAUUUUCUACAUUUUCAAAUUGUAACAGUUUAUACAGUUUUCCAGGUCGCUGUUACCUGGAAAGGUAACCAAGCUUGAUUAAUAACAUGCUCUUAAGUAGGCUUUUAGACUGUAAGGUUCCUCAUUUAGUUUUUAUAGGAGGCUGUAACAAAAUGUUUAUCAGUCAUAUGGGGAAAAAAAUGUUUUCCAGUCAUUUAAAAAGCAUAUUUCAUUGCUUUGAUGGACAUAAGAAACAAUUCUGUCGGAUUGUUAAUCGUCGCGCAUCGUUUAAAAUGAUGAUUUCUCCCACAAGCCGACCUCUUCCAGGUUUACACACGUCUAUUAUAAAAGGGAAAAAUAUGUGCCUUUUUUGCUUCAGAUAUCAUCUUAGCUAUUUCUUCCUUCCUGUUCAAGGCGUGUUCUUUAAACCCACCAUGGUAUACCUUCAUCGUAUGUUGAUUGUACUUUUUAUGUUACAUGCAGUUGCAAGUUUUCCUUUUCUUUCGAUGGCUGUGUUUAUCUUUAGAAGUGGCAGCUCGGCCCAUCCUCCUUUUGUGUGUGUAGAAAUGAUCCUCCUCUUUAAGAGAAAAUAUUCAAAGCCUGCUAACUCUCACAGAUGCGAUGUCCGGCAUACUCAACUCCUUAAGUGCGAUUCGAGCACUUUGUACCCUGCUAAAGGCUUUAAAAGACUGUGAAGAAAGACUGUUAUGCUGUACCAGUCUUUAUCUUGCUACUUUUGAUGGAAGUUAUAAAUAGUUUCUAUAGGAAAUAGCCGGCUUUGAUGUUAAUUUAAGCCCCCACUCCUGUCCCAAUCAUCUAAUCAUGGAAUGUGUUAGAUACCUGCGUCUACCAAUCAGAGAAGAGAGGGCAUGUUUUUUUUUUCUUUGUUUGCAAGAUUAUAUCAUUUUUAAUUAAUCAGGAAAACUAAUUUCUGGGGUUCUAUUAUUGCUCAAACCUUUUGGAAAAUAACCGUCCUGGAUUUUUUUAAAGCUCUUUUUACAGUCUGUGUGUUAAAACGGACACAGCGUCAUAAUUCUGCCACUGAUGAUCUGUUUUUGACUGUAUAUCCAAAAGUGUCUGACUUUGGAUAUUUUAUUGUUGGAAGCUCUUUCUUUGUUGCUUUGCUAUUUUCGUUCAAGGAGUAGUUCAACAUUCUGGGAAGUACAUUUAUUGGUUUUCUCGCUGAGAGAUAAAGAUGACAAUCUCUAAUACAGUAAAUAUGGAGUCAGCUUUAUUCAGAGCUGCCAAAUAAGAAAAGGCUUUAAAAUAUAUUCUUUUGAAAAAAAAAUCUACCAUUCGGGAGUCUUGACCAUGAGAGCAGAUGGGAGUAAAUAUGUAAUUUUACAAAUGUGUAUUGAAACGACUUUAAGCAAGGUUCAUUCAGCUCUUUAAGCGUAAAAUUCAAGCACUUUUCAAGCACUUUCCAGGUUUCUAAAACAAAAAUGUGCAGACUCUGAAAGCCUUAAUCAUCACAUCUAAAUUGUUACUAUAAAUGCAUCUCCAAAAAAUGUUCAUUUAUAGAAUAGAAUUCAUUAGAAGAAUGUGAAUAAUUUAUAUCAACAGCUAAUCAAUAUAUAAUGGCACUUUCUUUAUCUUACCAGAUGUUUGGAUUAACUUUAAUUGUAUGUUUUGAUUAUUAUUUAACAGGGAACAAUAAUAAUAAUAUUAAUAAGGAUAAGAAUAAUAAGAAUAAUAGUGAUUGUGUAAAUGUGAACACCACAUUAUAUUGAAAAUAAAUCAUUUUUCAAGGAAUAUAUAUAUUUGAAAUCAAGCAUAUCCCUGACCUUGAAAAUAUAACGGUUAAAAUUAAGCAUUUUUCAAACUUUCAAGACUUUAUAAGAACCCUGUGUAGGGUGUAACAAAAAAAGUCAAAUUAAUCGUACAUUAUGCCUCUUUAGGCAUUAUUAAUUAUACAAGUAUGAUAAUUAUCGUACAUCUGGCAGCACUGCUGGUAUUUGUUGAUUUGAAGAAAGUGAAUAAUUGCAUUUCCCAAAAUGUGGAACGAAUAAAAUGAACGGUUUGUAUGAUCGACAGCUUUAUGGAUCAGGCGUUGGCAGAUUCCUCUUCCUGUAAACUUCCCACAGCUGCUGAUAACCUUUGACCUUUCCUGUUGAACCCUUCCGCUCCUUUAAAUGCCCCGUAGGCACCUUGUCUUAAUGUUCGUCUUUAGUACAUUUACACAUUUAUUCGUCAGUCUGUUAGGUAGUCCGGCCCCAAUGUUUGAGAGCACUUAGCACCCGUCAUCUCAUGGAUUCACAGUGAAAGUGUAGCGUCACUGACCGGGGAGGCAGGCAAAAUUGAUCCUUUAUUCUCUGGGAACUAUUUCAGUGCCAAACUCCUGUUUUGUCUGUUUUCAGUGAUGCUGAAAGUUGGUUAGUGUUUGCAUCAGAAGACGGAAACUAGUCCCAGUAUUGAAGCUUUUAAAUUUGUCCACAAAUAGAAGAAUCCUGAUUUAUCUGAGCUUCUGUCCACUGGAUCGAGGCCGUUAUUAACGAGUGAUAACUGAGCUGUAUUUGUAACACUCACAGACGUGUUGUGUAAUCUCACAGAAUAAUGUAGGUCUGUCAGUAUCCCUUUUAUUUGUGUACUGUGUAACUAAGUGAAAUUUGAAAUGUGCUGCAACAUUUUCAUCAAUUUGCCGGCUCAGUUUUUCAUAUUGUGUGCGUUUAAAGCACAAAAUAAUCCAGGUUCUGACAUGAAUGUGAAUUAAAUUUAAAAGAAAAAAAGAGCUGUUGAAGGAUUAAAGACGAUACCCUGUCAGUUAAAAAAAAUAAUUGGAUAAAAAUGUCAAGUAAGCGACUUCAAAGCGCUGAUUUGAAUAUGGAAAAUGUCAAAUUGUUUUGCUGUUGCUUAACUAUCCUAACAACAAACGUAAAAGCACUCAUUAGACAUUUUGAACUGCUUCCCAUGCUCAGGUUGUUGAAAUUCAAUGUUUGUUUCACACAGUAUGUGGUCGUUCACGUUCAGUGGUUUUAUGUCCUGACCAAAAACAGUCAGUUUGGAUUCCCAAAAUGUGUCUGCUUCUGUGAUUUAUGGUGUAUUUUUCUUUUAUUUCAGAAUUAGGAAAGUGUUAGCAAUGUGCUGCCACCGCCGUCAUUCAUACAUAGGCUCAGAAAAAAAAUGAUUUUUCUUGCUGAGUUUUAUUCAGAAUAACCAUCUUCAUUAACUGCAUAGGGGUUACUCAUGGGUUACUUUCACAUUCAGUGUAUUCAAAUCUCUGCUGCUGCUGUUCAUUUAACAGGUAUAUAUAUAGAUAUAUAUAUAAGAAACCGCACACUUGCCUCUUCUCACUCAAAAAUGUACCCUUGCUUACAUUGUUGCACAUUUUUGAGGACAACUGAAUAUGCAAUUGAAACGACAGGUAAUCUGUCACCAUCACACAACAAGAUGUGGUUCGCUUCUUGUUUUGUUGUUUUGUUUUCAGUCUUUUUUCCAGUAUAAGCUAUUUGCAUACAGGAGAUUAACAUUAAACAUUAUCUCUGCAGGCCAGACUUCCAUACACACACACUCAGUCAGUCAUCAGUCGAUACAGACUGCACACACAAAAAACCUAUUUGAUGUUUGACUACAAGGUGACCAAAGCAAGCACAGACAAAUUCAACACAUGUCAGUGUAAACUACGUAGCUCCUAGAAGACAAAUGUACAGUUCUUUGUUUUGCUUUGUUUUUUUUAAAAACACAAUUUUUUUACUCUAACGUGACGGCUUUGGUCAAAUUGUGUAAUACUGUGAAUAGGAUAGGAGUCAGUCUUGUUUCACACACAAACUGUUUGUGAAAGUAAUCAACCAGCUUGAAUCUUAAAAAAAAAAAAAAAAAAGAUUUGCACUACCCAAAUAUUGUUUGAAAAUCUAUUUUGUAUAAUGCAUAUGCAGACAUUAACUUUUCAGAAUUAUCAAGGGCAGAUCAUGUUUCACUGGUAUAUGCUUUCUCUAAACAAAAAAAACACAUUGGUUUUGCUUAAAAAUUUGAAUAUGUACAUAUAAUCCAUUGUAAAGAAAAUGUGGUGUAUUUGUCUCUAAAUAAUAGUUUUUCUAUACCUCCCCUCUGUAUUAUUUCUCCUCUGUAGUGUGACUCCUGUUGAUCUUUUCCUCCAUUGAUUAAAGGUCGAACUGUAAGUCUUUGUGUGGUUCUUCUCAGAACGAGGAGCUCUUUGCUGAUUAUUAACUAAAUGAUAUGAUGAGCUCAUUGUAAGACACUUCUCAGUAUCGCAGCAAGCACUUCAUUCAAUAAAAUCUGCUUUUCCAUUCA